AUGGGAUCACCAAUGUGCGAUCAUUGCAAUAUGCGAAGAGCCAUUGGUUAUUGUAAGACUCAUUUGGCUAGGGUUUGUUUUCAAUGUGACCUGAGGUUACACCCUGUGACUAUGGAUAGUCCCGAUCACUCGCGGUUUCUGCUGUGCAACAAUUGUGUUUCGCAGACCGCGGUUGUCCAAUGCCUUGACCAAGGAUUGUUCCUAUGCCAAAUGUGCGUUUCAAACGCCAAUGUCACGUCACGUUUUCUUCUUUGUAACACUUCUAGUAAUAUUUCGGGUUAUGGCUGUCCACCAGAUCUUGAUCUUGAUUCCUCUUCCUCCUCUUCGUCAUCUUCUUUCAUUGAUCGCAACUGGGGAUUCCCCUUUGUUUCAUUACCUCUCAAUAAUGGGGAUUCAUCAUCAUCUUCUGGAAUUUUCCAAAAUUUUGACAAUUAUACAAAGAAAUAUAGGGAUCAACAAGUGCAAAUGAUUCAGCCCGAGUAUUUGGACAUUCCUAAGGAUAGUUCAUGUUUUGGCUUCAAUUGUUACGAAAUUAAAGAUAUAGAGAACGUUUUGCUGAACUCUUUUGACGUCGACGAGGCAGUAUUAGGCCUAAAAGAAUAUUUCCCCAUGGAAGAAUUGAUCCUCACCGGACAACUAAACGAUGAAAUAACGAAACACAGUGCAGAGACCACAACCGAGAUUAUAUCAUCUUCAUCAUCGGGUAUGUCAUCGGUUAUACAUAAAGAUUACAACAAUGAUGCUUUGGCUAAUGCAAGUUGUGAAGAUUACAGUAAAAAUCAAAUGAUUGGCUCAAAGGCAAAGGAAGAGACCAAUAAUAAUAAUAUUAUUGGAACAUUCCCUAACGCUCUUGUUCAACUUGACUGUGGACCAUCACAGUUGAUUCUGACCGAUGCUAUGUUACCAUGGGAGGAUCAAAGACGUUCUUCUCAUGUAUAUACUCCGCAAGAACGACUAGAGGCGGUGAAGAGAUAUUUCGCAAAGAAGAAGAAACGCAAGUUUGGGAAGCAAAUUAGAUAUGAAUCUCGAAAAUCUACAGCUGAUACGAAGAGACGAAUGAAAGGAAGAUUUACGAAAGCUGGUGCAGAAUAUGAUUAUGACCCACGAGCGAAUAAUAACAAAGACUAA